AUGAAAAAAAUAUAUAAAUUCUCAUUUGAAUUAUGUCGAAGGAUUCAUUUUAAGAGUGCCAAGGAGUGGAAGCAAUUCAUGAAUCCAAAAAUUGAUGGAACAAGAAUUAAAAAAAUCAGGAAUGUCAGUGAAAAUGAUAUGAUACAUAAACAUCAGAUUUUAAAGUACCCAUAUUUCAAAAUGAAAAAAAUUGGAAAAUAUAAUAAAAUAAUAAAAACUAGCGAUUUAUUAUUUAAUCGAAAUAUAGAAAUUAUUUAUGAUUAUCGUUAUUGUGAUAUAUUUCAAAAAUUAAAAGAUCUUAUAUCCUUCAAUUUGAAAGGGGUCGUCAUAAAAGAAAAAUGUACAGACGACCUUACCUUUGAAAUAUAUGACUGUUUACAAAAUAAAAUAUUAAUCAAAAAAAAAAACGAAGAGUUUCAAGCGGAUGAUCUCUUCAAAGAGAUGUUUGAAAAAAUAAAACAAAAUGGAUGA